AUGGCUACGGUUGACACUGACGACGGAAUUGUGGAGCCGGGGAUUGAACCUGGAGCUUCCACGGAGACGAUGCUGGUCACUGACGAAAGCUUUGAGGAUUUUGAUCAGCUGAACCAAGAUGAAACAAGUCAACCUCCAAUGGACAGUGGCGAUCCACUGCACUGCAAGCAUUGGCUAGCUCAAAAAAAGCACAUAUUUGUUUUAAGCCAAGCAGGGAAGCCUGUUUACUCACGUCAUUGUCCAGAAGACAAAUUGGUGACAAUAAUGGGCGUAAUGCAAGCCCUGGUGUCAUUUGUUGCAGCAGGUAAUGACACGAUAAAAUCAGUCCACGCUGGAGACACCAACUUUGUGUUCCUUAUCAAGGGUCCGCUGAUUUUAGUGGCGGUGUCCAAGACACUGGAGAGUGUCGCUCAGCUCAACUUACAACUCACGUAUGUGUACAACCAGAUCUUGUUCGUGCUGACUCAGUCGCACUUGACGAGGGUCUAUGAGCAGAGACGGAACUUUGAUCUCAGGAGACUGCUGACUGGCAGCGAGAGGCUCAUUGACCAUUUGCUGAAUUUUAUGGACCGAGAGCCAGCUUUCUUCCUCGGGGCUGUCAAGUGCUUGGCUUUAGCUCCUUCAAUGAGGGAGAAUAUUACUCAGACUAUUAUUCAAACUUGUACAAACAACCAACUAGUAACCCUAGUAAGAAUGAAAAAAUUCUUCAUCCACCCAGCGGAUCUUCAUUUAAUCCAAAACUUGGUGGCCAGCUCAGAAGCUUUUAAAACCGCGGAAGGCUGGACACCAAUCUGCCUGCCGAAGUUCAACGCGAAUGGAUUCAUGCACGGCCACGUGUCUUACCUAGCAGAAGACUGCCAAGCUUGCUUGCUGCUUCUGACCGCGGACCGAGACGUCUUCGCGACUCUCUCGGAGGCCAAGCAGAAGAUUGUCGAGAAGCUGAGGCGCACCAACUGCCUGGAGGCAAUAAACGAGUCUAUGAACCGCGUCUCAGUGACCACUGCCGAGAUCGGGCUCCCGGAGAUGCGUCACGUCCUCUACAAGUGCAGGAGCACCGCUCAGUUCUGGAGCCCCGGGUUCCAGUCGCCUUAUUGCACCGACCAGGAAGUCGAAAGGCUUCUAGGACUCUACCAGUGUCUCCACCAUCGCCUUCACUCGCCCACCCGUCCACUGAAGCUCAUUUUCCAGCAGCUAGAAAAGGAGACCAUGCUCGCCUGGGUCACCUCAGGGUUUGAAUUGUAUGUCACCUUUGAACCUCUUGUCACCAAACCAGAUGCUAUUAACGCUGUUAGCAAGCUUCUCAAGUGGAUCAAAAAGGAAGAAGACAGACUUUUUAUUUUAAAUUCACCGACUUUUUAA